AUGGCUAGACCUCCAACCCCGCCGAUGCCGACGGGCAUGGAGCAGGACGCCAUGAGGAUGGCGUACAGCAAGUACCAGGUCAAGGUCAUCCUGUACUCCCUCUCGAGGAAGUCAGCGCCAUCAGGCGGAGCGAUAGACGCUUGGCUGGAGGAGAGGAGGAGAGAACGCGAGGGCAGGCAAAGAAGCGCUUGUCAGGACCCCACAUAUGGCGCUGCUAAGGUCCAGCAGAGGAGGGCAGAGAGAAUUCUGACUGCGAGUGGAGACAUCGUCGACCUGAGACACCUCAGCAUAACGGGGGACGGGAAGUUCCAGCAGCAGCAACCUCGACCAGGUGAAACCGCAGGCGCGGUGUUAGGCCGAACGGGCAGACGAGGGUCGUCGGCGUCCAGGAGCCUCCGCGAAAGAAGCUCAAAGCAGCAGAAACAGAAGUUGACGGGGAGAGAAGACUCAGUCCCUACCUUGGAACAAGCUGAGAAAGAUUUUCUUGUCAAGCUGCAGAAGCACAACUUGCGAGUGAGGAGGAAGGACGCGACCAGGGAGAUGGAGGUCGACUACAUUGAGCUUGCUGAAAGGAGGCUCGCUCCGAAUCCGAAGCCGCAGGUCGUCCUGUCUGCAUCAGAUGAGGAGGAGGACGAAGAGGAGCUGCAGGCUGAGGACGUGGUCACCACGUUCGUACAACAGAAGCUGGUCACCAGCGAGCUCUCCAGCGCGCACACGAGCAAGCUACUCUACGCCUUCACCCGGGAGGACUCACCGGACUCCUUUGACUCUGACGGGGAGGGGACGGACUGGCGGUCAGAGUCUACGAGAACUUCCUACACCGCGACUCUCAGCAGGAAAGGAAGUCGCAGCAGCAUCGCCCGCUAG